UAUAUUAGAUCUGUGCGUUAGAUCUUAAAGUGAAAGUAAACUAAUAAAUCUGCUGCCGUCUAUGUCCUUAAUGAUAAUCAAACAACAAAAGAAAAAUUAUUCACUGCUCUUGGCUGAGUAACUUUAAACAAUGAGCAUUUAUAUUUCAUGGAUAGUGUGAAGAUUGGGUUAAGUGUCUAGUAGGUUAUUUCUGUAGUAGCCUAUACUAUAGACCUACAUGAAACAGUUUAUUCAAUUGUAUUUUUGAUAUAUUUGUUCUUUUGCUUGAACAUUUUACUUGCAUGAUUUAGGCUAAUAGUUUUUUUUCUGUUGUAAUGAAAUUACUUUUUAAAAAACAAACAUGGUGGCAGCUUCUAAUUUCAAAGCAAAAGGAUAUUUCUAAGAUCUUUGAAGCAGUAGUUUACAUGGGUCAAAAUUCAGAAACAACGGAAAAUCCCUAAUUUUUAAUACUAUAGCUUUUAACUAUGGUAAAUAUGGAAAUAUAGAGUAAUUAUAUGCAGGUAUGGCUCAUCCACACAGUAAACUUCCAAUAAUGUAAUUUGUUCAUAUGUCAUAAAUGCAUUCAAAAAUGAAACAGUUUUGUGUUGGCCCUGAGCUAUGGAAAUUACAUGUAGGACCUUUAUACAGUGCAUGCCAUUGUAAAGACUGUACUUCUGUCCCUUCUUCUAUCCCCUUACCACUGCAUUUUCAGCUAUUAGGUCCCAAUAGGCUGUUCCCAUUCAUUAAGCUACCCCGAUUACCACCCCAGCCUUGAAUUUAUACAUCUGUAUUGAUGAAUAAGUCAAGUCCCACCCUAUAGCUUUUUACAUUCAAAAAGCUGUUUCACUCAGAAAUGUCACAAUACAGAAAGUCAGUCAUAACUCCCAUUAUCCAUUACAUGACUUUAAGUUUGCUGAGCAGAAUACUAAUGAUGUGAAAUGAAAAUGGCAAGAUGCAAUAGAGGUUUGCUUUUGUUACCUUUAAAUUUUUGUUUUUUUUAUAAGUUAAGGUUUAAAAAAAAUAAGAAAAGAUGUUGACUUAAUGAAAUGCAGUUUUGUUUAGUUAGACUCGACUCGGACUUUGCCCCUUUUAGACUCGGACAUGACUCUGACUCGACUGGUGGACUCGAACCCAACACUGUUUAUCGGUCACAUUAAAUGAACUAAAAGACAUACCACAGUAAGGACAUAUUUGUGUAUUUUCUGUUAUAAUUACAGCAUAUAAGGUGUUCAGGAGCUGUUGGUCAUGCAUGGCGGAGAGGAUUUAACCACUUGAUUUACAUGGGUUUUACACGGUUAUAGACACUGGCUUGCAAAUGUGCUGAGUGCAAAUGCUACUGGAUAUCUAACGGGCGUUUAACCAAAUACAUGCAGGUGGCUAUCAAUGCAUAUCUUAACACUUCCAUUAUUCCUGUAUGAUAAGAAAUUACAUUCAAAGCAUGUGUAAAUUCUGUUGAGAAGUGUGGUAGAUGUAAGGCUACAGGAGGACACAGUGUUCUGACCUUACAUCAAGUACUGUGGUUUUAUAGUGGACAUUUCAUCAGCAAUGGGUUGUAAGGACUGCUGCAGUGCUUGCUUCCACUGUUUUUUUGAUUAUGAAACACCUGUAACGCUGGUUAUUAGUAGCAAAAGAGUUGGAGCCCUCUUCAGACUAAUACAGUUAUUGAUCAUCGCCUAUGUUGCCAUAUAUGUCUGCUGGCAGCAACACGCUUAUCAGGACCAAGACUCAGUCAUCAGCUCUGUCAGUACAAAGGUGAAAGGAAACAUUUUGACCAAUUCAUCCACUGAGGGAGUUCAUGUUUGGGAUGUAUCUGAAUAUGUCAUCCCACCCCAGGGAGAAAACACUUUCUUUGUGUUAACAAAUAUGAUUGUCACUCCUGGCCAGACACAGAGCAGCUGUCCUGAGAUUCCAAGUGAAUUCACUAACUGUGAAUCAGACAGUGAUUGCAAAGAGGGAUUCAAUGAAAUCCGUGGCAAUGGUGUUCAGACUGGCCGAUGUGUACAAUACUCUGAUGCGAUCAAAACCUGUGAGGUGAUAUCAUGGUGUCCACUUGAAAAUGACACCGUCAUUCCAAAACCUGCUCUUCUUGGUGCAGCAGAGGACUUCACAGUGCUCAUCAAAAACAACAUACAAUAUCCAAAGUUCAGCUUCAGAAAACGAAACAUUCUGCAUCACAUCAACUCCACAUACUUAAAAAACUGCACGUUCAAUAAAAAAACUGACCCACACUGUCCCAUCUUCCGUCUGGGGGACAUUGUAACCGAGGCCGGAGAAGACUUCAGCGUCAUUGCUCUUAAAGGUGGUAUUAUAGGGAUUUUCAUUGACUGGAGUUGUGACUUGGACUUCUCAGAACGCUUCUGCAUUCCCAAGUAUUCUUUCAGCAGACUGGACAACAAAAAUCCUGAAAAUAACGUUGCCCCUGGCUACAAUUUCCGAUACGCUAAAUAUUAUAAAAACAAUGAAAGCAUUGAAACACGGACAUUGAUAAAGGCCUUUGGAAUCCGCUUUGACGUGAUAGUGUUUGGGACGGCUGGUAAAUUCCAUAUUGUGCCCACUAUUGUGAAUCUUGGGUCCACUCUUUCUUUUCUUAGCUUGGUGAAUGCGGUUUGUGACUGGUUCAUGCUUACUUUUAUGAAGGACAGUGACUACUAUUCCAAACAUAAAUUUAUUCACCUGAACAAAAAAGGUGACUGUGUGCCACUGAGCUCCAUGGAGACCACCUCAUAUGGGACUCCAUGAUGGAAUUGGACUGGACACUUUCAGUGCACUUAAAACCAUCAACAUCAAAUAUGUCCUUGUAUUUUACAUACACUACCAUUCAAAAAUUUGGGGUUGGUAAGGUUUUUUUAUUUU